AUAGGGCUGGCUACAGCAGUAUGGCUAUCUGCCUCCAGGUGACCUCAGGACUCACACAUUACGUUCCCCACAGUCAAUGUCUGAAGCCAUUUCUGCUAUGCAAAGGUUCUAUGGAUUGACAGUGACUGGAAAGAUGGACAGUGAAACAGAGAGGGCAAUGAAAAGGCCACGCUGUGGUGUCCCAGAUAAAUUUGGUACUGAAAUAAAAGCCAACGUGAGGAGGAAAAGAUAUGCCAUCCAGGGUCUAAAAUGGCAGCACAAGGACAUCACUUUCUGCAUACAGAACUACACACCUAAAGUUGGUGAAUAUGAGACAUAUCAAGCCAUCCGAAGAGCCUUUACUGUUUGGCAAAGUGUAACUCCACUGCACUUCCGUGAGGUUCGAUAUGUGGAUAUUAAAGAUGGACAUGAAAAGCAUGCUGACAUCAUGAUCUUCUUUGCUGAGGGGUUCCAUGGGGACAGCACCCCUUUUGAUGGAGAAGGGGGCUUUCUGGCACAUGCAUACUUUCCUGGGCCAGGUAUUGGAGGAGACACUCACUUUGAUUCUGCAGAGCCAUGGACUUCCAGAAAUGAUGAUUUAGAUGGCAAUGAUCUGUUUCUUGUGGCCGUUCAUGAACUGGGACAUGCACUGGGUUUAGAACAUUCCAAUGAUCCAUCAGCAAUCAUGGCCCCAUUUUAUCAGUGGAUGGACACUCAGAACUUUCAGCUUCCAGAUGAUGACCGUAGAGGAAUUCAGCAGAUAUAUGGAAGUGGUCAUGGAGAAGGAUCACCAAUCCCCACACGUGCUCCUCAGCCUACUCCGCGAUACCGUCCCGAUGUCCCAGAUGACCCAAAUGUUCCUCCUUACGGACCAGAUGUCUGCCAAGGCAAUUUUGACACCAUUGCUGUGUUGAGAGGAGAAAUGUUUGUGUUUAAGGAACGCUGGUUCUGGCGCGUGUGCGCAAUAACCGUGUAAUGGAUGGUUACCCACUGCCCAUUGGACACUUCUGGCGUGGGCUCCCAAACUCAAUAAAUUCGGCAUAUGAACGAAAAGAUGGAAAAUUUGUCUUCUUCAAGGGGAAUCAAUACUGGGUAUUUGAUGAAGCCAUUCUUGAGCCUGGAUACCCCAGAACAUUAAAAGAAAUGGGUCGGGGAUUACCAACUGAUAGGAUUGAUGCUGCCCUGUACUGGAUGCCAAAUGGAAAGACCUAUUUCUUCAGAGGAAACAAGUACUAUCGGUUUAAUGAAGAGAUCAGGGCUGUAGAUUCUGAUUACCCAAAGAAUGUCAAAGUAUGGGAUGGUAUCCCUGACUCUGUUCGAGGAGCUUUUAUGGGAAGUGAUGGAGCCUUUACCUAUUUCUACAAGGGUAACAAGUACUGGAAGUUUAAUAACCAGCAGUUGAAGACAGAAUCUGGUUUUCCCAAGUCUGUUCUGCAAGACUGGAUGGGUUGCAGGACCACCAAGCAACCUGAAGAUAAUGAUGUUGAUGAUGACAGAGAAGUAGUAAUCAUUGAAGUUGAUGAAGCCAGCGGAGGAAUAAGCAUGGCAGCUGUUGUAGUUCCAGUGCUCCUUUUGCUCUGCGUCCUGUUCCUUGGACUGGCUGUCUUUAUCUUCAGGCAGUAUGGCACUCCCAAAAGGCUUCUAUACUGGCAGCGAUCCCUGCUGGACAAAGUGUGA